UCUUUCUAAAAAAAAAAAAAAUACAAGUUAUUCUAUUAAUCUUUGUUCUUGGAAAUGCUUUCUUAACGAAGGUAAACAUUAUAAUAUAAUCUUUCGAGAUUGUGUAUUAAAAGAUACAAUCGUACCAAGUCAAAUACUCUGGGAGUUGAGUCACCAUCCCUUGUGACAGAGUAGGCAAAAAGAGCAGCAAGCACCAUGAUGAUCUUCUUCCAGACCAAUCCCACCACCAUCUUUGUAUUUCUCAUUUCUCUCAUCCUCUCAUCCCACCACUUCUCCACAGCUCUCGACUCUGAAGUGGGGGGGGGAACAGAUGCUGAAACUCGAUUUAGUUACAUUGAAGGAAGUCCUACAGGGCCAGAGAAUUGGGGCCAACUCAAUUAUCCACUUUGGAUAGCUUGUGGUAAUGGAACAAUGCAGUCUCCUAUUGAUAUUCAGCAGGUGCAGGUUUCUCCAACUCUAGGAGAAUUAAAAAGGCAUUACAAACCAGCUCCUGCUGUAUUGGUGAACAGUGGACACGACAUUGCAGUGGAGUGGACACAGGAUGCAGGAAAAAUUACCAUAAAUGGGACUGAUUACAAGCUGAAGGGGUGUCAUUGGCAUUCACCCUCUGAGCACACAUUCAAUGGAACAAGGUAUGACUUGGAGAUUCAUGUAGUUCAUAAUAGCUCCACUGGAAAGAUUGCUGUUGUUGGAAUUCUUUACAACUAUGGCCUCCCUGAUCCCUUCCUUGAGAGGCUGUACCCCAAGAUAACAUCAAUUGGGAGUGGAGAAAAGAGAAAUCUGGGGAUUGUUGACCCAGAAGAGAUUAUCUUUGACAGCAAAGAGUAUUACAGAUACAAUGGUUCUCUUACAACUCCUCCAUGCACUGAGAAUGUCACUUGGACAAUAUUCAAGAAGGUAAAGACGGUUUCAAGGAUCCAAGUGAAUGCCUUAAGGGAAGCCGUUGACGAGGGAUUUGAAUCAAAUGCAAGGCCAACUCAACAAUCAAAUAGAAGACCAGUUCGGUUGUAUUGUCCAAGGAACUAAGAAUUAGCAUUUAUGAACAAUAUAAAUGCAUUAUCUACUAUUAUAUAUAUAAAAAUAAAUCUCAUAGCACAUGAGCUUGAGUAAUUACUAGUAAUAAAGAUACAAUAUUAUGUUAUACAUGUAAUAUAUAUGCCACUUAUGAUAUCGAGCAAUAAUUUAUACAUGUACUAUGCCAUGUAUGAAAUGGAGCAAUAGUUUAUAGCUGGUUUAAAACUUCUUAAUUUGAGCUAUUGUGUUACAUAUUUUAGCCCAAAAAUGCUCACACAAAUUGAGUAUGCAUGGGACAUUUGUUGCCCUAAUAAGUGAUAAAAAAGAGUUAAAUCUUAGAAAUAAAGUGGUAUUUGGUGUUA